CUUACACUCCUUCUGCAACAGAAUUGCUUCAGUUCAUGGCAGUCGACACAGAUUUAGAGGACGUCACUCAGACCACAGUCUACAUACCCUUCAAUGAUUCUGAUCAGGUAGACAGCGAUGCAGCACCACCGUCCCUGUUCCCCGAGCGAGAUUUUCCCCAAGGAUGUCAACUUCGCUUCCAAAUAUGCAGAGCAGCCUGGGGCAAAUGUUUGAAGAGGAUGCAGGAACUCAUCCACUCACUGCACGCGCCGGUAGUGGAGAGUGUUGUCGAGCAAGUGAAGAAGUCCUAUACGGAUGAACUUCCGGGACUACCAUACCCCGAAUUGCCAGUUGUAUCUGUCACAUCAUCCAGCACGUCAUCUUCUCUCUUCGACGAGAUUUCCUUCCGACUAGAGGAAAGCACCGACGAGCUUUUCGAAGAUGCAAAUGAUCACUUCGUGACACAUGUCUUUCCAAGUGAUUGCACAACUAUUACGGGGGCGAUGAAGGCCAUUGUCUCAGGUUUUGUAUCCCGAUCUCCUACGGGAGGACAAGACGUAAAACGGAAGCCAUCUACCUCUCUAGCAGCAUAUGACAUCGCUCUCCUUGAGGCAUGGUAUCGGGCUGUAUGUGAUGCGCGAGAUGAUCGUCAUAACAGAUCACGUCUGGUGGUUAUAAUGCACGACUUCGAACAACUAGAGCCUCAGGUGGUUCAAGACAUGUUUGAAAUCUGCAGCUCAUACAUUCUGCGUUUACCACUCGUAUUUAUCCUCGCGCUGGCUUCACCCCCUUCCCCAUCUUACAUUCACGCGACAUAUCCUCACUCUAUGCUGGCAUUGCUGCGAGUGAGAGACUGCCCUUUCCCGCUAGCUGAGGAGUCUUUGCACGACAUUUUAUUGGAGACAUUUUUUGAUCCCAUAUUCGAGCCAGAUGUCAUGAUGGGUCCAACAACUAUUGACUUCGCAGUUGAGUUUUUUACUCGUCACAGCUCAUCGCUUGACGGCCUGUUAUCCAUACUUCAACUCGCUCACAUGAAACACUUUGAAGAGCCCCUCAGCGUCCUUGUCCCUGCUGAACCGCUAGGACGGCCCAAAGAUGCUGCCAAAGUGCUCCUCACGCCUGAUGCCUUCCCCUUCCUCGAUGCCCUGUUUGCUCGGGUGCACGAGUCGACGCUCAUUGCGCCGGUAGAACACGCUACCAGUUGGCGAAUCGCCACUGUCGAUUCAAUCCUAUCUUUAGUAGAGACUGCACGCAAUGGUUUCCGAAUGCACGCGAAGCUGCUCCGAAUAGCAUUUCGGCUCGUGCUCCUUGUCCGCCAACUUAUGCUGGCGCAUGGGUACAAAAACGCGCAAGGUGACCAAACAGUGCCCGAUUUGAUGUGCCUGGCGUUGCGUGGACGUCUAGGCAGUGUAUACGGCUAUUUGUGUUCUAUAGUCAGGAAGCUUUCCGCAGCACAACUUGAAGACUUUGUGCGGGCCUUACAUGAUUUCUUCGGGGAUGUUCCCGACGACGUAAGAGCAGAGGAAGACGAAGUGAUCUCGCGUGUGGAAACGGCAUAUACGAUGCUUGGUCGGGAUGCAAGCGCCCAGGAUAUAUCUGGUCCGCUCGGGAACUGGCUGUCGGAAUAUUUUAAGUUACGCAUAGUUGCACUGGAAGAUGCACCAUUGUGGGAUAUCUGGUACACCGGCUCGACGCCAUUUCCGUCUGAGCUGAUCAACCCAUCGCCUCGCGCCUCGGUCCUCGCGGGAUUGAUCCAUCCCCGGGACUACGCGUCUCCCGGGCAACGAGUUGGGGAUGAUGAGGAUGAUGAACUGCCCGACAUAAGUAUCCUAUUCAAGGGCUACCUAGAAAGCGCGAAGAUGAUCAAUGUCUAUGACUGGUUUGAGUCAUUCGUGGUCGUCUUGGAAGCUCGGAAACGGCGCUUAGGAAAGAACCGUGUUCCUGAUGGUGCGAAUGGAAACUCUAGGACACCGUCGAGGAAGAAGGGAAAACAGAAGGAGGUGGAUGACGAGGUGGUCAAUGAAGACGCGGAAGAAGACGAGGAGGAAUGGCACAUGGAGUUACAAGCGCGAUUCAUCCGCGCCCUUCAGGAACUAGACUACCUGGGAUUCAUCAAGCACACUGGGAGAAAAGCAGACCAUGUCAUGCGGACUGUUUUUGACUCACCGGAAUGAUCGAGUGGGUACCAUAUACUGAUAGUUAUAUGGUUUUGCUGGUUAAACUGACAUUACAAUGAACUUUGUACACACGAAAUGUAAAGAUAUGAAUCAGGCACGCUCGGCAUCAGCCGGCAUC